AUGGAAGGCUUCCUGGAGGUGGUGAUAUCUAAGGAGCAGGCCAGCCUUUCGCCCUCAUUGGCCGCGGUCCAGUCUGUGGCCCCGCCCCCUGCCCGCUCCGGCGCGCCGAUUGGCCCUGCAGGACAAGUCCGGGCGAGCGCGCCGUGCCCGCGGAGGGAGAGCGGCGCGGGCGUGCAGCUGCGCGCCGCGGGGCUGCGCCUGGCGGAGGACCCCGGCCUCGCCCCGCGCGUGCGCGCCGUGCUCGUGGGCUACGACGAGCGCUUCUCCUUCGCCAAGCUGAGCGAGGCGUGCGCGCACCUGCGCGACCCCGACUGCCUGCUCGUGGCCACCGACCGCGACCCUUGGCACCCGCUCAGCGACGGCAGCCGGACCCCCGGCACCGGGAGCCUGGCCGCUGCGGUGGAGACAGCCUCGGGGCGCCAGGCGCUGGUGGUGGGCAAGCCCAGCCCCUACAUGUUUGAGUGCAUCACAGAGCACUUCAGCCUGGACCCCGCCCGCAUGCUCAUGGUGGGUGACCGCCUGGAGACCGACAUCCUCUUUGGCCACCGCUGCGGCAUGACCACCGUGCUCACGCUCACGGGCGUGUCGCGCCUGGAGGAGGCCCAGGCCUACCUGGCAGCCGGCAAGCACGACCUCGUGCCCCAUUACUAUGUGGAGAGCAUCGCAGACUUGAUCGGGGGGCUGGAGGACUGAGCCCGCCUGGCCUGCAGCCGUGGCCCCUGCCUCCCGACCCCCGGUCCUACAGAUGGAAGUGAUGGGGCGUUGAGUCUCCUUAGGCACUGCGGGCUCCCUCGCCUCAGUUUCUGUGUCCUGCUGGAGCUGCUGAGCAGGAAGGUGUGAGGACCUUCGCGCCCCUCCCAGCGGUGGCCAGGUGCUCUGCUGUUCCGGAAGCUGCCCCUGCAGCUUGGAGGUUCACCCUGGCCUAACCCAGCCAGUGGCUUUGUUUCCUGCCUCGUCACCUCCCCUCCCCGAAUAUGGGUCUUGAUGCCACUUGAAGAUUUCCCCCAGCCUGGGCACUUGAUGCCCUCCCCUCCCUGGGAACGCCUGAGCCCUGCCUGCCCCUGGGUCCUGACCUUGCGCUUCCUGUUGGCCUAUGGAGGUUGAGGUCACCGCAUGCUGUUACUGUCCUGAGUGGACCAGUCAAGGCUCAGCGGCAGUGACUCGCUGAGGCCACAUCCUGAGUAGACCAAAUAGAAGCUAAGGAACAACGAUCCUUGCAUGUCCUGGGUCCCGGGUGGACCCUUCUGGACACCAGGUAAUGCUGACCCACUGGUCUCUUAGAUCCCAAAUAGAGCAAUUCAGGAGUCUGAGUGACAGUGACCUCCUUUAGACAGUCUGGGUCCCACCAGACCAGCCAGGGUUGAUAUUAGUCGAUAAAUAAGGAGCCAGGUGUGAAGACCUCAUCCUCCCUGGAGAUUGGGACCCAGAGUGCUCAGAGGCCCUGGGCCUGCCACCCUCCCUGAUCACAGUACCUGUCCAGUGUCGGUGGCCACAGCCCGGAAGGGGGCUUUGGUGUCCCCGCGUAGCUAGUGUUUGCUGUGCCACGUCCCAUCCCGACUCCCAGCUAUUUAUUUAUCUGUUUAUUUAUUAUUGUGUGCCAGUGGCAUGGGGGUGGGGGCUGGGCCUCCUCACCACCUCCACCCGUUGUAACCAGUCCUCCGUACUUAAUAAAGUGCGAGUAGGAGUGCA